AACAUCUGCUAGAUUAGCGAGGAAGUUUAGUGUAUGAAGAAAGGAUCGAAUUCGAUAGGUAUUGAAAAAAGGGAUGACGGAGAGUUCCUCCAACGGCCGCCGCAACGAAAACGACGAGACCAGCGCCGCCGUAAAUCGUCGAGAUCCGAUCUUGCAAUUCUUAGACAAGAUUCGUCCCUCCGGGGAUGCCAUGGAGGAUGAUAAUGAAGGUGAAGAAUCGCCGACGGAGCUUAACGCAAUUAACAGCGCAGGCGGGUUUGUGAUCGUCUCUCCCGAUAAGCUUUCCGUCAAGUACACGAACGCGAAUCUCCACGGUUACGACGUCGGCGUUGCUCAAGCUAAUAAACCUGCUCCCUUCAAGUGUCUUACUUACUACUUCGAGAUUCUUGUCAAGGAUGCUGGUGCUAAAGGGAAAGUCGCUAUUGGUUUCACUAAGGAGGGCUUUAUAAUGCGGAGACAACCUGGAUGGGAAGUGAAUAGCUGUGGCUAUCAUGGGGACGAUGGAAAUAUAUACCUAGGUAAGGGAACAGGUGAAGCCUUUGGUCCAACUUAUACGACAGGUGAUACUGUUGGUGGUGGUAUAAACUACGCUUCCCAGGAGUUCUUUUUCACUAAAAACGGAGCUUUAGUGGGGAAAAUCCCUAAGGACAUAAAGGGUCACCUAUUCCCUACUGUAGCUGUACAUAGCCAAAAUGAGGAGGUUUCUGUCAAUUUUGGGAAGCAGAAGUUUGUUUUCGAUGUUAAGGGAUAUGAAACAUCAGCGAGGAAUAAGCAACAAAUGGCUAUCGAAAAAAUAUUCAUACCUCCAAAUAUCGGUUAUGGGCUUGUAAAGUCCUACUUAUUACACUAUGGGUAUGAGGAGACACUCAAUGCUUUCAACCUUGCUACUAAAACUACAGUCCCUCCAAUUCUUAUAGCUCAAGAGAAUGCUAUUGACGAGGAUGAUUUGCAUCAGAGAAAAACUCUUAGAAAGCUUGUGAGGAAUGGUGACAUUGAUGCUGCUCUGGCUAAUCUCCAAGAUUGGUAUCCCCAAAUUGUACAGGACGAUAAAUCUGUAGUUUGUUUCCUCCUUCACUGUCAAAGGUUUAUUGAGUUUGUACGGGUAGGAAAACUUGCAGAAGGUGUGAAGUAUGGCAGACUCGAGUUAGCCAAAUUUGUUGGGUUAACCGAGUUUCAAGAUAUAAUCGAGGACUGCUUUGCUUUGCUUGUUUAUCCAAAGCCCGUGGAAUCACCGGUGGGGUACUUCCUAGAAGACUCGCAGAGGGAACUAGUUGCUGAUGCAGUGAAUGCAGCGAUUUUGUCAAACAAGAAAGAUGCGUGUCACUUGCAUUCCCAUCUGGAGAUGCUGCUAAGACAGCUAACAGUUUGCUGUUUGGAAAGGCGGUCAAUGAAUGGAGACCAAGGCGAAACAUUCCGGCUCCACCAUGUUCUUAAACAGUACAAGAAGAUGAAAUUGGAUUAGCCGCGCAUUUUGCUUUUGAAAACUCUGCUUUGUUUCUUUGGUUGUUUUCAUCCUUAGUGGCUCUUGUUCAUACCUGUGAUAUUAUUCUGAACUUUCCUAUUCUGUAAAAAGAAAGUUUUAAGAAUAAAUCUUGCAAUCCAAA